UGAAAAAAGAAAAAAAAUAGAAAACGCCAUCAGCAGAAAAGCGCAUCAGCGGAUGUAAAAACGCGUUCAGUUUUAUUUCGGUAGAAAAACGAGCAAAAGUGUGAUUUUUUCGGUUGCAAAGUGUUCCCCUGCGUUCCCGUGCAAGUAAUCAACCAUGGCCGGAAGACGAGUCCCGGCGAAUGAGGAUCUUUCGAACGUGGAAUUCGAAACAAGUGAAGAUGUCGAGGUGCUGCCGACUUUCAACUCGAUGGCGCUCCGCGAAGAGCUGCUGCGGGGUGUUUAUGCUUACGGAUUCGAGAAACCAUCGGCCAUCCAGCAGAGAAGCAUCCUGCCGAUUGUGAAGGGACGCGAUGUUAUUGCCCAGGCUCAGUCCGGUACCGGUAAGACGGCGACGUUUUCGAUCGCCAUUCUGCAAUCGAUGGACACGACACUGCGCGAGACGCAGGUUCUCUGCCUGUCGCCGACGCGCGAGUUGGCUGUCCAGAUUCAGAAGGUCAUUCUGGCGCUGGGAGAUUUCAUGAACGUUCAAUGUCACGCGUGCAUUGGUGGAACAAAUCUGGGCGAGGACAUCCGAAAGUUGGAUUACGGCCAGCAUGUGGUCAGUGGAACGCCGGGUCGUGUGUUUGAUAUGAUCAAACGGCGGGUGCUGAGAACCCGCUCGAUUAAAAUGUUGGUGCUGGACGAAGCCGACGAAAUGCUAAACAAGGGAUUCAAGGAGCAGAUAUAUGACGUUUAUCGGUAUUUGCCGCCAGCGACGCAGGUGUGUCUCAUCUCGGCCACACUGCCACACGAGAUUCUAGAAAUGACAUCCAAGUUUAUGACGGAUCCUAUUCGCAUUCUGGUCAAACGUGAUGAAUUGACGCUGGAAGGAAUCAAGCAGUUCUUCGUUGCCGUCGAACGGGAAGAGUGGAAGUUCGAUACCCUGUGCGACCUGUACGACACCCUCACCAUCACCCAGGCGGUCAUCUUCUGCAACACCAAGCGCAAGGUCGACUGGCUGACGGAGAAGAUGCGCGAAGCGAACUUCACCGUCAGUUCCAUGCACGGCGACAUGCCGCAGAAGGAGCGAGAUGAAAUCAUGAAGGAGUUCCGCUCGGGUCAGAGCCGGGUGCUGAUCACGACCGACGUUUGGGCUCGUGGUAUCGACGUGCAGCAGGUGUCGCUGGUCAUCAACUAUGAUCUGCCGAACAAUCGUGAGUUGUACAUCCACCGUAUCGGUCGGUCCGGUCGAUUCGGACGUAAGGGUGUGGCUAUCAACUUCGUGAAGAGUGACGAUAUUAGAAUUUUGCGAGAUAUCGAACAGUACUAUUCGACACAGAUCGAUGAAAUGCCAAUGAAUGUGGCGGAUUUGAUCUAAAGGAAGAAGAGUUUUUUUUUAAUUUCUAUAUAAACACACAUUUACACAAUUAUGCGUAUUUAAACAAGAAAUUUGCUAGCAGGUAAGUAAUUUAAUAUGUUUGAGAUGGAACUCAAGAUGUAUAACCACUUGUGCAAAUGACGGAUGCUUGAUUAGAACACAUAUAAUCAUGAUUAUCAUCAACAUGGACUACUAAUAAAAAGAGAACUCUCUUUGAA